AUGUCCGCUUCGCCCGGAUCACGAUCUCCAGGCCUCGGCCAAAAUACCUCCCUAGCAUCAUUCGGUCAUGUUGGAGAUGAGAGAGAUUUCGAAAAACUACCUUCAGUCAUCCCUGACUCUCAGGUAACAUCCAAUGUGUACACAAGCAAGAUUCAUGUCAAGCGGUUUUCCGUACCAAAAGAAGAUGUAUCAAUAUCCAACAUCUCUGAGGGUUUCUCGUUUGGUACAAAGAAGCCACCUCGCCCUGGGCAGUUCUCUGAACGGCCCAAAACUGAACAAUCUCAGACGAAUGAAACUUCCAAGUUCUUUCACUCGACGAGCACCGUUCCACGCAUCCCUCCUCCUAAUCCACCACGUCCCCCUAACAUACGGAUUCCUCGACCUCCGCCCUUGGAUCUACCCGAGAUCGGACUAGUUGGGAGACAACCUUCCCCCCAUGGUUCUCCUGCUCCUUCUUAUCGAGAUAUUGCAGUCUCUCCUAGGCAACAGGGGCGUUAUUCUCCAAAGAGUUCUCGAGGGGGGACUCCUCAGAACAUUAACACUGGGCCCGCGGUUUUGUGUGCUGAAAGCUCUGAGCGAAUGGGUAGAGCUGCUGUUGUUGGGCUACCGGCGCCGCCCCCGAGAACCAAAGCAUUUUCAAGUUCUCCGCAGCCUUCUAGAGUGGCUGACCAAGUCGAAACAUCCCAGCAUACGCAGGACAAGAGUCAUAUCGCAUUCGUCCCAGCGAGCGAACGUGUGCGCAAUCUUGAGCAUCUGAAACUGCCGCUUCCUCACAUUGCCCAGAAUGGUCCACCUCACCAUCGCGUGUCGUCUCCUAGCACUUGCGGCGAUCUGGAAAUGCCUGCUCCGCAAUCUCCAAGGGCUACGAGACGAAGUCGUUCUUCACGUGGUUACUGGUCUAGGCAGCCGACUGCAAGAUCUGAUCACUACAGAGACUCGGAGAAGGAUCUUGAUCGCCCACAGUCUAGAGCAAGCAAUGUCUCAAGGAAACGCUCGUCGAGACGGAACGGACGAUCUCGAACUACAGUAGACCCUGACAGAAAGAAGCUUGCUAUGCAAAAUGUGGCUCAACACUGGAACGAAUGUAUCCAAAUCUCUGAAGCCGAACGCAUCGAGGCAGCUAAAGAGAUUGCUCGUCUCGAGGAUGAGGUUCGCUGUGCAGAAGAAGCCUUGGAAAUGUCAAAACAUCUCAUCUGUGAGAAGGACACAGAGAUUCAAGAACUAGUGGAUCUUCACAAAGCUCGGAAAGAAGAAGGAUCUCUGGCCGAAAAGGAAAGCCAGAAACUACUCAGCGAGGUCGAAUCACUGCGUUCAGGUUUGGCCAAAUCCCAAGAAGACAAAGCAGCGAUUCAUCAAAAAUAUUGCAAGAAUCGAAACAAGCUCAACGAAGCCAUGACAGAACAACAAGAUCUGUUCAAACGAAUGCAUGCUCUUUACAAAGAAAUCAUGGAACUGCAGAAGGGAAAAGAGAAGCGUGAUAUAGAUGCCAAAGACGUCGAGUUAGCUCUUGAGGCUAGUCGAAAGAAACGUGAGGAACUCAGGAGCUGUGUCGAGAAAUACCGGGCUGAGACAGAACAAGAGACCCAAAAGAAAAAUCAUGUCAUUGGGGAGCUGAAAAUAAAGCUUGAGCAUCAGCAACAGGCACUCAUUCGUGAGAGGACAGCAGCUAGUGAACUUCAAAGCCGGCUCAAAACGGAAUCAACACUGGUAGAUAUGGUCAAGAACAUGCAGUCUAAUCUCUCUACCCUGAAAGAGAACAGCGAUAAACACAACGCGAGAAGUCAGAAUCAAGACAGAAUGAAUGAUCGCCUCUCAGAAAAACUUGAUCAUCUAAGCGAUCACCUGAGUUCACACAUUGAGGGGCAGCCUUCAAAGGAACAGUUCAAAUCAAUACUAGAGAACUUGGAAGCUAACAUCGUUACUCGUUUGGCGUCGGGAAUACACAAUGUUAUCUCGUCACAGACAAACACAGCAAAGACUGCUGCGUGCUUUCACGAAACUGUUGAAGGCCACUUCGAAAAACUGCAUAAUAACAUGGCCGAACAGCAAAGCACCCAGUCUAAAAACCAGCAGCGGUUUGAAGAAAGUCAGCAGGUUUUUGUCGACUAUCUAGACGACAUAUCUAUCAAGACUCGAGAGACUCAUAGAACUUGCGAAGAAAUGAAGAACGACUGGGCCGGGUUUUCUGAAAGCAACUCGGUCUGGAGGGAUAGCCUCAAGAACAAUUUGCACAAUGAGAUCAUCCAACAACUUGAGAAUCGAGAGUCAAAGAUUGUUAACCUUGAAGAGACGCUACACCGAGUUUCUCAUGAAUGGUCUCAGAAGCUCGAAGGUCUGAGAUCAUCUAUGCUCGAAAAUGGCCAACAGGCCGAAAAAGGUCUACAAGGGGCCAUCCGCGAGAUCAGAGAGACUCUCGACAAAAGGUUUCAGGAGCAGAGUGCUGCAUCUCAGGACGACAACUCGAAAUCAGAAACCAUUCGCUCCACGAUAGAAGCACAUCUUGAGCAAGUCCGGCGGCAACUGGAAUCCGUUUCAUCAGGCAACCCUGAGUCCCAGCUUCUACGCGAGGCGUUACUUGAGGAGCGUAAGAAGACUUCUGAUUUACAAGGGCAUCUUGCCAAAUUACAGAGCGAUGCUGGCACUAGCAGUGAACUCUGUCGAAGAGAACAUGCGGAUCUCAAGGCUAUGGAGACACUCAAGGGUCAAUUAGACGGCAUGAGUGAACGAGUACCUCGUGUGGAGAACCUGAACACCACAUUCAACAAAAUGAUUGACCUCAAUCAAAUAUUACAAUCCACGGCUUCCUACUUGAGCCAAGAACACAGUUGGGUCAGGAACGAGUUGGCUGCCAAACUGCAGACUGUCACCCCCCAAGAGUCACAGGAGAGCAAAACCGGAAGUGAAUCAGGUUACUUCCAAGGGCAGCGUUUCGAGGAUACACGUCCUGGUCUCCAAGCUCAAGACAUUGGCGCAAAACGUUCCAGAAGUCUCAGCGAUGUCUUAACCCUCGAUGUCCAUACUCAAGGGGAGAGGUAUCGCCGCAGAGUUGUUGUAGCCAGUCCUGCAAUCGAAGCCUCGUUGCCAGCCCCUCCGCCUUCAAUUGCACAAGAGCAACAAAGGCGCCGAGAGCCCAGUGUUCAACGGCCCAUUCUGCGGCCAGCGACUAUUUCAGCAAAAGAGGCCGAUCCUAUCAAAACUGCCUUGAAUCAUGACCAAUACAAUCGGCUUGUAAUGGCCAGGGCGAGUUCGGCUGCGAGCGGCACCAACCCAGCUAUGGUCGAACAAGUUCGCACAGGUUUGAUGCCAAGAACGGAGAAAUGGGAGUUGCCUACCAUUGAGGAUUUUACGAAGGAGUCUGUCUUAGGUGGUACGGAUGGAGCCAAUCCGAACAAAAAGCGUGUCGCUCAUGCUGAUGAAGGAAAUGACAUUGCUCCUGUCAUGAAAAAGAUCAAAUCAGAAAAUCAAGAUGAAUAUGGAGAUACCAGUGGCAUGUGA